AUGGCUUUGAAUGAUGAAAACAUUCUUCAUCAAACCAAAGUGGUGGUGCUUAUGAUACCUUUCCCAGCACAAGCUCACCUCAACCAGCUUUUACACCUCUCACGCCAAAUCGUGGCACAAAACAUACCAGUCCAUUAUGUUAGCACUAUCACACACAUUCGUCAGGCAACACUUCGACACCAAAACUCUAUUCCAAACAUCCAUUUCCAUGCCUUUGAAGUUCCACCCUUUGUUUCUCCUCCUCCCAACCCUAACAAUCCAGAAAGUGAUUUUCCAUCUCAUCUCAUUCCUUCCUUUGAGGCCUCCACACACCUUCGUGAGCCUGUGGGAAAACUUCUUCAAUCCCUUUCAUCUCAAGCCAAAAGGGUCAUAGUCAUCCAUGACUCCCUCAUGGCAUCAGUGGCACAAGAUGCCAUAAACAUGCCUAACGUUGAAAACUACACUUUUCACAUCUUCUCUGCCUUUAAUAACGCCGUUUAUCUUUGGCAAGAAAAAGGAAGGCCUCAUGUUGGAGACUUCCUUUUCCCAGAAAUUCCUUCUGACGAAGGAUGCAUCGCAACCCAAUUCAAGGGUUUUCUUUCUGCACAAUAUGAGUUCCUCAACUUCAGCCAUGGCCGUCAUAUUUACAACACCAGCAGGGCAAUUGAAGGUCCUUACAUUGACUUUCUGGAGCGUCUGGGUGGUGGCAAGAAGGUUUGGGCACUGGGGCCACUCAACCUUUUGGCCAUUGAGAAGAAAGAUUCAACAGGACUUAGGCACCCAUGCAUGGAGUGGCUUGAUAAACAAGAGCCAAAUUCAGUGAUAUAUGUGUCUUUUGGAACCACAACAACUUUGACAGAGGAACAAAUCAAACAGAUUGCAACUGGGUUGGAGCAAAGCAAACAGAAGUUCAUCUGGGUGCUGAGAGAUGCUGAUAAAGGGAACAUCUUUGAUGAAAACGAAGAAAAAAGACAUUAUCUUCCAAAUGGGUUCGAGGAGAGAGUGAAAGGCAUGGGGGUGGUUGUGAGGGAUUGGGCACCCCAAUUGGAAAUUCUUAGCCACCCUUCAACAGGGGGGUUUAUGAGUCACUGUGGAUGGAACUCCUGCACGGAGAGCUUUUCCAUGGGGGUGCCAAUAGCAACAUGGCCCAUGCACUCUGACCAACCAAGAAACGCAGCUUUGGUCACAGAAGUUCUGAAGGUUGGUUUGGUUGUGAAGGAUUGGUCACAGAGGAAUGCGUUGGUGACUGCAUCAAAUGUUGAGAAUUGUGUGAGAAGGUUGAUGCAAACAAAGGAAGGUGAGGAGAUGCGAGAGAGAGCAGUUAGGCUUAAAAAUGACAUCCACAGGGCCAUGAACGAAGGAGGAGUUUCUCGAAUGGAAAUGGAAUCUUUCAUUUCUCACAUCACUUAUUAGUCAUAUAUAGCAUUAGCUUGGUUCUUAUAGUAGAAUAUGGCAGAAGUUAGUUGUCAUCGUGUGGUUAAUGCAAAAUAGUUUACUAUGACAAUAUCAAGUAAUAAAGAAUAAAGGUUCUCUUUAAUUAGGACUUUUCUAAUAUUUAAAAAAAAAAAAUAUUUUAAUAGCAUAAAACCAUUAAAAUAAAAAUUAAAAAAAAUGAUAAUUACUAAAGAAAACUAUCCAUUUCUGAAAAAGAAGAUUUUAUACCUGGAGA